AGGUUUCUGUCCGCACUGCUGGGGUGCACAAUGGGGGAGGUUUCCUUCGCUUUUCCCCACCAGGGGGCUCUGGGUAUUGCUCAGGGAGGAGAAGCUCCUAGGGCUCUGCUCUCUCUGCUCAGCAGACCGGGGGUUGAGCUUCCUGGGUCAGAUGCAGCCGCUGCAGCUCCAUUGUGAGCGGACCGACCUGCAUUAACCCGGCUUUGCCCGCACCAGCCCCUGAGCCGGAGCCUGCAGGCUGCAGAAUAACGUCCGGAUUGGGAAAUGGCUGCUGUGGAACCAGCUCAGCAGGACCAGGUGCAAUGGGCGAUUGCCACAGCUGGGAUGUGGGGCGAACCCCGUGCCUUGGUGGAAGGGCGUUGUGGGAUCCCCAUCCAGCAUCCCAAGAGGGAGGAGAGCGAGGCUGAGGAGCAGAGCCCUGGCUGGCCCUUGUCCCCGCGGAGGCCAUCCCAGUCCUGGCUGGGAUGCUCAGAGGGGGAAGAUUCUCCGUUGAGGACGGCGCAGACACCUCACCGGUCUCGGGAAGGGGCAGACACUGCUGGCCUUGAACAAGUGGUGCCGUCCCGUGACUGGCCUCACGGGGACGAGGUUCCUUCGUUCCCCCGGGAGGCACCUGAGACCUGCGGCUCCAUGCGGACAGGCCCCACCAGGGGCCGUGCCGAGGGCAAGGUGGCCGUUUCAGAGCAGGCCAGCGAGGAAGCCCAUCGGUUGCAGUUCCGCUCAGGCGCUGCCCGGCCCGGAGAAGCUCCCCGGGAGAUGCUAGCCCGGCUCAGCCGGGCUGCUCGGCUCUGGCUGCGGCCCGGGGAGCACACCAAGGAGCAGAUUGUGGACGUCAUCGUGCGGGAGCAGUUCCUGGGGGCGCUGCGGGCGGACGUGCGGGCCUGGGUGACGGCGAGGGAGCCCCGCAGCAGCGAGGAGGCGGCUGCGCUGGCUGAAGCCUGCCUGGGGCAAGGGGAGUCGACCCAGCCUGCUCAGGGGGCGGUGACCUUCGAGGAGGUGGCUGUGUAUUUCACGGAGGAGGAGUGGGCUGUGCUGGACCCCGGUCAGAGAGCCCUCUACAGGGACGUCAUGCAGGAGAAUUACAAGAGCGUGACCUCGCUGGUUUCUCUCCCCACAGCUCCCCUGGCAGAGGCAGAGGCUGGCACAGAAGGGAUAGAGCUGGAGAGUGCACCAGGAUUGGAGGAUAAACCAGAGGAGGUGCCUGAGCCCAAAAAGGAAGAGGACGAGGAUGAAGACUUCACCAAGGAAGAUGACCUCACUUACACCGACGACCUGCGAGAUGAGAAUUACCACCCCUCACUGGACAGUGACUCCGAGCUGAAAAGAGAGCAAAGCCAGACCAAGAGCCGCAAGAGACCCGUGGAGGGUGCGCAGCUGCCUACUGAGACGAGUCCAGCCAACGGCAGCCCCUCUGAGGAGCAGGCGGUGCAAUCCAGCCGCAAGAAGCGAGGACAGCCGAGCAACAAGGAUGUGGCCCUGAUCAUCCCCAAGAGAAUCAGGAAAGCAACCAAGCGCGAGAUGCUCCUGUGUGAUUUCGAGGGCUGCGGCAAGAUCUUCUCCAACCGCCAGUACCUGAACUACCACAGGAAAUACCAGCACGUGCACCAGAAGACCUUCACCUGCUCCGAGCCCAGCUGCGGCAAAUCCUUCAACUUCAAGAAACACCUGAAGGAGCACGAGAAGCUGCACAGCGACAAACGGGAUUAUAUCUGUGAGUACUGCGCCCGCCUUCCGCACCAGCAGCAACUUGAUCAUCCACAGACGAUCCACACGGGGAGAAACCCAUACAGUAAGUAG